GAAAGUCUACAGCUUAAUUCAUCUGAGCGUUCAGGAGUUUCUCUCUGCUUUCUAUGUGUUCUACUGCAAUUUAAUGAAGAACAUAGAGCCACUGAAUGAAUUCAGAUCUUACAAAUUUUCCGGAGUAUCUCUGUAUGAUCUACUAACAUCAGCAGUAGAUAAAGCCCUCAAGAGUGAGAAUGGCCACCUGGAUCUGUUCCUGCGGUUCCUGCUGGGCGUCUCACUGGAGUCCAAUCAGAGACUCUUACAGGAUCUACUGACACACACAGAGAACAGCUCAGAGAGCAUCAGGAGAACCACACAGUACAUUAAAGAGAAGAUUAAAGAUCCAGAUGAUAUUUAUUAUCUCUCAGCUGGUGAAUCCAUCAAUCUGUUCCUCUGUCUGCUGGAAAUGAAAGAUCAGACUCUGUCCAGAGAGAUUCAGGAGUUUGUGAAAUCAGACAAACACUCAGAGAAGAAACUCUCUCCUGCUCACUGCUCAACAAUCACCUACAUGCUUCAGAUGUCAGAGGAGCCGCUGGAUGAGCUGGACCUCAAGAAAUACAACACAUCAGAUGAGGGGAGAAGAAGACUGAUACCAGCUGUGAUCAACUGCAGAAAAGCUCUAUUUUCUGGCUGUAAUCUCUCAGAUCAGCAUUGUGAAAUGGUGUCAUCAGCUCUACAAUCCUCAAACUCUGUCCUGAGAGAGCUGGAUCUGAGUAACAGUCACCUACAGGACUCUGGUGUAAAGUUUAUUUCUGAUGCACUGAAGAGUCAAAACUGUCAGCUGCAGAUACUGAGUCUUGCUGGCUGUAAUCUCACUGCUCAGUGUUGUGAGAGUUUGUCAUCAGCUCUACAAUCCUCAAACUCUGUCCUGAGAGAGCUGGAUCUGAGUAACAAUCAUCUGCAGGAUUCAGGAGUGAAGCUGCUCUCUGAUGCACUGAAGAGUCCAAACUGUCAGCUGCAGAUACUGAGGUUUGACUUUGUUUAAAUAAUUGGGAAUAAAA